ACCGCGAUCCAUCCCCCCUGGCGCGAGUCGGAGCCUCGGAGCGCCGCGCCCGCCCGCGCUAAAAGGGGGCCGGAGGAGCAGGGGCAGGGGGGACGCACGCACGCACGCACGCACGCAGCCGCCACCGGCCCACCUCGCCCCCGCUUUGCCCUGCCCUGCUCUGCGCGCACCACCAAUCAUCGGCGCGCGCACUAGCUCGGCAGCCCCCCGGCGCCGCGCCUCCUGCCGUGCUGUGCUGACCCGCCGUCGGUCCUCGGCCAUGAACCGCCCGACGCCGGCGCACCAGAGGGGCAUGCCGCCGCCGCCGCAGCUGGCGCGGUACGGCUCCGCGCCGGGCUCCUUCCUCGCCGCGCUGGCCGACUCCGUCGCGCGCGGCGGGGGCGGUGGCGGAGGGGAGGUGCCCUCCCACUCCCAGCCCCAGCAGCAGCAGCACCAGCCGGUGGCGGCCGUGGUGAGCCGGUUCUUCUCGGGGGAGUCGUCCGGGCUGACCUCCUGCGAGUCCAGCUGCCGGACGGCGGACGCCCCGGCGCCGCUCCAGCGGGCCUACGGCGGCUCCAGCGAGAUCCACGUGCCCCUCCCGCAGCAGCAGCAGCAGCAGCCGGGGCUCCUCCGCCACAGCAGCUCCCCCGCCGGGCUGCUCUCCCGCCUCAUGGCCGACCCGCACGGCAAUGGCGGCAUGGGCGGCGCUAGAGGAGGGAUGGGGAGCGGCUACGCGCACUCGCAGGGAGGAGGCAACGUCGACGCGAUGGCGGCGCAGCAGAGGAGGCUGAGCUCGCAGUGGAGCUUCUCGAGGCAGCAGGACAUGAUGCCGCACAUCGCGGAGAUGGGGAUGGCCAUGCACACGCCCACGCCGAUGCCGCCGGCCGACGUCGGCGAGAGCAUCGGCACCGGCCACGGCAACGGCUCCGGCGACCUCUCCAGGAGCUUCUCCAUGAGCUCCUGGGACGACACCAACUCCAACAUCAUCUUCUCCGCGCCCAGUGGCGGCGGCAAGAAGGCCAAGCUGAUGGCCGACGGCGACGACGGCAUGGUCACCAGCUACAGCAACAUCGACUCCCAGUUUGGCUCGUCUCUGGACAUGCCUGGCAUGGACGACUACCUGCAGCUGCAGCAGGACUCCGUCGCCUGCAGGGUCCGCGCCAAGCGCGGCUGCGCCACUCACCCGCGGAGCAUCGCCGAGAGGGAAAGAAGAACGAGGAUCAGCAAGAGGCUUAGGAGGCUGCAAGACCUCGUGCCCAACAUGGACAAGCAAACAAAUACUUCUGACAUGCUGGAUAUUGCUGUUGACUACAUCAAAGUGCUGCAGGACCAAAUCGAGAAACUGAAACAGGACCAAGGAAACUGCUCUUGCUCAGCCGAUCAGAAGUGCUGACGCCGAAACCCAGAUAUGUGAGGUUAUGUUUGUACCAAUGUGAUUAGCAAGCCCAAGUUUUGCUUCGGGAGAUUAAGUUGUAAAUGCCCUUCGUAUCUCAAGUAGUCUCCAUAUGCCUAUCUUCCCCUUUCGUGGUUGUACUAUGGAUUACUAGUUUCAAUGGCUUAAAGACUAGGAGGUGACAAGUAGAGUGUUGUAAUUUGAGUAUGUAAGGCAUUGCCAAUCUUUCAUUUCAACGCAAGUUGGAUCGCUUCUGCUUA